AUGGGGGCCGGCGCGUCCGCCGCUCACCGGACGCCUCCGGAACCAACUGCUGCUGACGUGGCGGCGUUGGAGCAGCCGUACUACCGCGGCGCAAGGGAGGCAUGUUAUUACUGCUUGCCGUACGACGACGAUGUAAAAAGGGAAAUAGAGGGACACCGGAUGCGUGUGUGCAUGUGCAUUUGUAUGUAUCGGAGCCCGGUGGUGGUUCUCGAGGUGGGCCCUCUGGGCUUCCGACUGCUCCGCCCCAACAGCAAGGACUGUCUGUUCGCCUACCCGUGGGGACAGAUACACAGCUGGACGCACCUGGAGAACAGAUUCAGCUUCCGAUACUUCGAUGAUGGGAAGAAAAAGGUCGUACAGUAUGUGUUGUACCUACGAGAUUUGCCAGAUCUACUCGGUCACAUUCAGAUUGUCAUUGACUCCAUCCUCGCGGAGCGCAAGAGUCUGGCCAUACCCGCGGACCGCUUCGCUGACCUCCUGGGGGAACUAGAGGCUCUCCCCUCCUCCCCCGCCCCCGCCUUCACCUCCCCGGGCGAGCUGCUCUCCAGCCACUACACGGCGGAGUUCUACUUUUGGUCGGAUCAGGGGCGACAGCUGAUUGACGCCAUUCCCUCGUCAUUCGAUAAGCUGGAGGCCGCUGUGCUGCUCCACGGACGACUGAUUGACCAGAACCGCUUCAGCUUCGUACUGGAGGGACUGGAGUCCCAGGCCGACCGGGACAACGUCUGGCACCGUAUCUCAGUGCAGAAGAAGAAACCAGCUCUCGGCAGCGCCAAGAACAGCCUUGUGGUGUCCAGUUUCGGAGACUAG